AUGCACACACCACGUUUGGGAGGUUCUCAUUCACUGUCUUUAAUUAUAUUUGAAUUUUGGUUUACAUUGAGGAGAGCCCUCAAAGGUAUUAACAAAUUUAAAAAAAAAUCUUCUAAAAAUCUCAUUCUUAGGGAAAUUUGUUCACUUACUGGGCAAGAAGUAUAAUAAAAAACCUUAAUAUAGAAGAGCUAUUAUCUGUCUUCAAAAUUAAAUCUUUGGAUAGACUUGUGAAUAAAUCUAAUAGUUUUGCUGAAUUUACUUAGAUCUUAAGACAGAGUAAUCAUGUACAAAAUUAAAGAUGUUGGGAAUUCAUAAUAAUUCAUGUAUCAAAUGAUUUUUUUGAUAGUGAGAUAAAAUUAUUCUUGAGAAAGGAUCAAAGUCAUAGAAUAAUGGAAUGUUGAAACUGCCAGAAUUAUAUAAGUCAGUUAAAAUGGCUGAUUUGUUUUAAAAGGAAGAAAUACUAAAUACAUAAUUAUUAGAUGUAGCAUAUUGUAUCUUUUUUCUUUUGCAAUUCUAGCUCUUAUAACCUAUGCUUGGACCUAGGUGUCAUAACUUACUUUAAAUAUGAAUGUUUGGUUUUCAUUUAUAUUGACAGUACUACCUCAGUUUUCUUUCAAAUAUUGUUUUGUAUUUAGUCAUCAAGACAUUGUUUUUUGGACUUUGCAAAUAGGACAUUUCAAAGAUGAAUGAAAAAAAAUUGGAAACAACUCCACGGCAGUGGAAAUGUCCUGAAUGGAUGUCUGUGCAGAAUAAAAGAUGUGCUGUAGAAGAAAGAAAGGCAUGUGUUCAGAAGAGUGUUUUUGAAGAUGACCUCCCCUUCUUAGAAUUCACUGGAUCCAUUGUGUAUAGUUAUGAAGCUAGUGAUUGCUCUUUCCUGUCAGAAGAUAUUAGCAUGAGUCUAUCAGAUGGGGAUGUGGUGGGAUUUGACAUGGAGUGGCCUCCAGUAUACAAUAAAGGGAAACCUGGCAAAGUUGCACUAAUUCAGUUGUGUGUUUCUGAGAGCAAAUGUUAUUUGUUCCACAUUUCUUCCUUGUCAGUUUUUCCCCAGGGAUUAAAAAUGUUGCUUGAAAAUAAAGCAAUUAAAAAGGCAGGUGUAGGAAUUGAAGGAGAUCAGUGGAAACUUCUACGUGACUUUGAUGUCAAAUUGGAGAAUUUUGUAGAGUUGACAGAUGUUGCCAAUAAAAAGCUGAAAUGUAUAGAGACCUGGAGCCUCAACGGUCUGGUUAAACACCUCUUAGGUAAACAGCUUCUGAAAGACAAGUCUAUCCGCUGUAGCAAUUGGAGUAAAUUUCCUCUCACUGAGGACCAGAAACUGUAUGCAGCCACUGAUGCUUAUGCUGGUUUCAUUAUUUACCGAAAAUUAGAAAUUAUGGAUGAUGCUGUGCAAAUGUUUACUGUAAAUAAAGAGGAAGAAAUCCAACUUAGUGACAUGAAGAAACAGUUGACUUCAAUCUCUGAGGAAGUGAUGGAUCUGGCUAAGCAUCUUCCUGACACUUUCAGCAAAUUGGAAAACCCACGGAGGGUUUCUGUCUUACUAAAGGAUAUUUCAGAAAAUCUGUAUUCACUGAGGAAGGUGAUAUUUACAUCUACUAACAUGGAGACUGAACCGAGGCCCAGCAGGAAUUUAAACUCAUUAUCCUUUGAAGAUUCAACUGCUGGGGCAGUACAACAGAAACAAAUUAGAGAACAUAAAAAUUUUGUUAAUAUUGAAGAUGAAACAUGGGACCCAACACUUGAUCAUUUAGCUGAACAUGAUGGAGAAGAUGUACUUGGAAAUAAAGUGAAACGAAAAGAAGAUGGAUUUGAAGAUGGAGUAGAAGACAAUAAAUUGAAAGAGAAUAUGGAAAGAGCUUGUUUGAUGUCUUUAGGUGUUACAGAACAUGAACUCCAAAUUUUGGAACAGCAGGCUCAGGAAGAAUAUCUUAGUAAUACUGCUUAUAAAUCUACUGAGUGUUUAUCUCCCAAUGAUAAUGAAAAGGAUACAUCCUAUGUAAUUGAGAGCGAUGAAGAUUUAGAAAUGGAGAUGCUUAAGCAUUUAUCUCCCAAUGAUAAUGAAAAGGAUACAUCCUAUGUAAUUGAGAGUGAUGAAGAUUUAGAAGUGGAGAUGCUUAAGUCUUUAGAAAACCUCAAUAGUGGCACAGUAGAACCAACUCAUUCUAAAUGCUUAGAAAUGGAAAGAAAUCUGAGUCUUCCUACUAAAGAAGAUGAUGAUGAAAAUGAAGCUAAUGAAGAGGAAGAAGAUGAUGAUAAGGACUCUUUGUUGCCAGCACCCAACGCAGAGCAAAUUACUUGCCUCAAGACAUAUUUUGGCCAUUCCAGUUUUAAACCGGUUCAGUGGAAAGUGAUUCAUUCAGUAUUGGAAGAAAGAAGAGAUAAUGUUGCUGUCAUGGCAACUGGAUAUGGAAAGAGUUUGUGCUUCCAGUAUCCACCUCUUUACCUAGGCAAGAUUGGCCUUGUCAUCUCGCCUCUUAUUUCUCUGAUGGAAGACCAAGUGCUGCAGCUUAGAAUGUCCAACAUCCCAGCUUGCUUCCUUGGAUCAGCACAGUCAGAAGAUGUUCUAGGAGAUGUUAAAUUAGGCAAAUAUCGGAUUGUAUAUAUAACUCCAGAAUACUGUUCAGGCAACUUGAGCCUACUCCAGCAACUUGAGGCUGAUAUUGGUAUCACACUGAUUGCUGUGGAUGAGGCUCACUGUAUUUCUGAGUGGGGGCAUGAUUUUAGAGAUUCCUUUAGGAAGUUGGGCUCCCUAAAGACGGCACUCCCAUUGGUUCCAAUUGUUGCCGUUACUGCUACUGCAAGUUCUUCAAUCCGGCAAGACAUUGUAUCUUGCUUAAAUCUGAAAAAUCCUCAGAUCACCUGUACUGGUUUUGAUCGACCAAACCUGUAUUUAGAAGUUGGACGAAAAACAGGGAAUAUCCUUCAGGAUCUGAAGCCAUUUCUUGUCAGAAAAACAAAUACCCGCUGGGAAUUUGAAGGUCCAACAAUCAUCUAUUGCCCUUCCAGAAAAAUGACAGAACAAGUUACAGCUGAACUUAGGAAACUGAAACUAUCCUGUGAAACAUACCACGCGGGCAUGAGUUAUAUUAAAAGGACAAACACUCAUCAUAGGUUUUUGAGAGAUGAAAUUCAGUGUGUUGUAGCUACCAUAGCUUUUGGAAUGGGCAUUAAUAAAGCUGACAUUCGCCAAGUCAUUCAUUAUGGUGCGCCUAAGGAAAUGGAAUCAUAUUAUCAGGAGAUUGGUAGAGCUGGUCGUGAUGGACUUCAAAGUUCUUGUCAUAUCCUCUGGGCUCCAGCAGACAUUAACUUAAAUAGGUGCCUCCUUGCUGAGAUACAUAAUGAGAAGUUUCGAUUAUACAAAUUAAAGAUGAUGUCAAAGAUGGAAAAAUACCUUCAUUCUAGCAGGUGUAGGAGACGAAUCAUCUUGUCUCAUUUUGAGGACAAACAAGUACAAAAAGCCUCCUUGGGAAUUACGGGAACUGAAAAAUGCUGUGAUAACUGCAGGUCCAGAUUGGGUCAUUGCUAUUCCAUGGAUGACUCAGAAGAUACAUCUUGGGACUUUGGUCCACAUGCAUUUCAGCUCUUGUCUGCUGUGGACAUCUUAGGGGAAAAAUUUGGAAUUGGGCUUCCAAUUUUAUUUCUCCGAGGAUCUAAUUCUCAGCGUCUUCCAGAUCAAUAUCGCAGGCACAGUUUAUUUGGCACUGGGAAGGAUCAAACAGAGAGUUGGUGGAAGGCUUUUUCCCAUCAGCUCAUCAUUGAGGGAUUCUUGGUAGAAGUUUCUAAGUCUGACAAAUUUGUGAGGAUUUGCAUGCUUACAGAAAAGGGUAGAAAUUGGCUUCAUAAAGCUAAUACAGAAUCUCAGAGCCUCGUCCUUCAAGCUAAUGAAGAAUUGUGUCCAAAGAAGUUUCUUCUGCCUAGCUCAAAAACUGUAUCUUCAGACACUAAACAUCAUUCUUAUAAUCAAGUACCAAUUGAAUUAGCUACAGAGAAGAAGUCUAACUUGGAGAAGUUAUAUUCUUACAAACCAUGUGAUAAGAUUUCUUCUGGGAGUAACAUUUCUAAAAAAAGUAUCAUGGUGCAGUCACUGGAAAAUUUUCACAGUGCCUCAGAGCCUGUUAUUUCGGCACAAGAGCAAGAGACUCAGACUGUAUUAUAUCGCAAAUUGGUAGAAGCUAGGCAGAAACAGGCCAAUAAAAUGGAUGUUCCCCCAGCUAUUCUGGCAACAAACAAGAUACUGUUGGAUAUGGCCAAAAUGAGACCAACUACAGUUGCAGGCAUGAAAAGGAUUGAUGGUGUUUCUGAAGGCAAAGCUGCCAUAUUGGCCCCUCUGUUGGAAGUCAUCAAACAUUUCUGCCAAACAAAUAGUGUUCAGACAGACCUCUUUUCAAGUACAAAACCUCAAGAAGAACAGAAGAUGAGUCUGGUAGCAAAAAAUAAAACAUGCAUACUUUCACAGUCUAUGGCCAUCACAUACUCUUUAUUCCAAGAAAAGAAGAUGCCUUUGAAGAGCAUAGCUGAGAGCAGGAUUCUGCCUCUCAUGACAGUUGGCAUGCACUUAUCCCAAGCGGUGAAAGCUGGCUGCCCUCUCGAUUUGGAGCGAGCAGGCCUGACUCCAGAGGUUCAGAAGAUUAUUGCUGAUGUUAUCCGAAACCCUCCCAUCAACUCAGAUAUGAGUAAAAUUAACCAAAUUAGAAUGCUAGUUCCUGAAAACAUUGACACGUACCUUAUCCACAUGGCGAUUGUGAUCCUUAAACAUGGUCCUGACAGCGGACUUCAACCUUCAUGUGAUUCCAGUCUAAGGAGAUGUUUCCCCAGCUCUAAAGAGAUCUGUUCAACUUCUAAGAGAAGCAAGGAAGAAGUAGGCAUCAAUACCAAGACUUCAUCUGCAGAGAGAAAGAGAAAAUUACCUGCAUGGUUUGCCAGAGAAAGUGAUACCAGCAAGAAAGUAAUGGUCAAAACAAAAAACAGAGGUCUUUUUAGUUAAGCUGCCAAUUACGGAAACAAUUAUGUAUCUUGCUGUAUUAUUAGAGGAGAACUAUAUUUUACUUCUGAAGAGUAAGGAAUCGUAUUUUGGCUUAAAAAUGAUUCUAAUCACAAAGUAAAACUCACCUGUUCAUUGAAAAACUGGCAUCUUAAAUCAGCCUUCUGCAAUUCAUGUAAAGUUUCUGGGUCUUCUGGGCGCCUAUGUGAGUAUAUCACCUAAUAGAAUAUUAAAUUAGACUUCCUGUAAGAUUGUUUUAGAAACUGUUACUGUCCUAUUUUCUAAUCUCUUUAUUAAAACAGCGUAUUUGGAAAAUGUUAUGUGCUGUGAUUUGAUAUAGAUAACAGUAAGUUAGAUGGUAAUCAUGUGAUAUAAAAUAUUCAUAUAUUUCCAAAAUUCUGUUUUGUAAAUGUAAGAAAACAUAGUUAUUUUACAAAUUGUCUUUACUAUCUUUUGAAGAAGCUCUUAUACACAAUGUAAAGUGGUAUUAGUUGACCAGGUCAGUGAAAAUGAAACCACGUUUUGGGUGCCAUUAAAUAGGGAAAAAGAAUGUAAAAAAUGUAAAAUGGAUACCAGUUGCACUAGGCAACUGUACAUUUCUAUGUAUUUCUAUUAUUUUUCAAAUAAUAAACAUGUUUUUCAUAUUGAAUAUUA